UUGAUUGUAUACACCUGUGUCCAUGGAGGGGAUUGGAACACCUGAAUCACAUGAUGUGGAGGGGAUUGGAACACCUGAAUCACAUGAUUGGGAGGGGAUUGGAGCACCUGAAUCACAUGAUUGGGAGGAGGAUUGGAACACCUGAAUCACAUAAUUGGGAGGGGAUUGGAACACCUGAAUCACAUGAUUGGGAGGAGAUUGGAACACCUGAAUCACAUGAUUGGGAGGGGAUUGGAACACCUGAACCACAUGAUAUGGAGGGGAUUGGAACACCUGAAUCACAUGAUUGGGAGGGGAUUGGAACACCUGAAUCACAUGAUCUGGAGGGGGAUUGGAACACCUGAAUCACAUGAUCUGGAGGGCAGGGACAAUAUGUCUGGCAAUUAUAGUGUCUCUCUCU